AUGGAUCCUGCCCUCCUACGCGAACGAGAAGCCUUUAAACGGCGGGCGAUGGCAACGCCAACCGUUGAAAAGAAGGCAAAAACUGAAAGCUCGUUUGCGGCUCCGAAGGACAUGAAAAAACCUAGGCCAGCCAGUGCUGCACCGAAAAUCGAUGCUACCAACUAUAAAACUAUGACCGGAAGUUCCCAGUAUCGGUUCGGCGUGCUGGCAAAAAUUGUGAAACAUAUGCGUACCCGCCACCAGGAAGGAGACGAUCAUCCUUUAACGUUAGACGAAAUUCUUGAUGAAACAAACCAGCUAGAUAUCGGAUCCUCUGUGAAAACGUGGCUGCAAGGUGAAGCACUACGCAACAAUCCGAAAAUCGAAUUAACCCCAGACGGGCGUUAUUUGUUCAAAUCGGUAUUUAAAAUCAAAGAUGGCAAGACUCUAUUGCGCUUGUUGAAACAACAUGAUCUCAAGGGACUGGGUGGGGUGUUGCUGGAUGAUGUGCAGGAAUCGUUGCCUCACUGUGAUAAAGUGUUGAAAAACAGAGCAUCGGAAAUUAUUUUCAUUACGCGGCCGAACGAUAAGAAGAAAAUUCUGUUCUACAAUGACCGGACGGCGAACUUCCAGGUGGACGAAGACUUUCAGAAGCUGUGGCGUGCUGUCACGGUGGACGCUAUGGACGAUGCGAAGAUAGACGAGUACCUGGAGAAACAGGGCAUCCGGUCGAUGCAGGACCAUGGCCCGAAGAAACCAUUGCUGCCGAAGCGUAAAAAGUUGGCCAACAAGAAGCGUCAGUUUAAGAAGCCUCGUGACAAUGAACAUUUGGCCGAUGUGCUCGAAACGUACGAGGAUAAUACACUCACGCAGUCGAAUGCGGUUCAGGAAAUUAAGCAAAAUAACUAA